CUUUACGGGAGUAGAUGACAUGUCAACAACAAACAUGGCGUCGAGCAGCAGCGGCUACUGGGAAGAUCUACGGAAGCAGGCGCGUCAGCUGGAAAAUGAAUUGGACCUGAAGUUGGUGUCAUUCUCCAAACUCUGCACAAGUUACAGCAGUGGCAACAAUGGCCUGGCCAUCAACCAAAGAACAAGGUCUGAUUCUGUUGGGUCCUCUCAUGACAAUUUGAUGGUGGCCAUGACCACUGAGAUUGAGCAGCUUCUUGCAAAAUUAACAUCUGUAAAUGGCAAAAUGGCAGAGUUCACAGCAGGAACUUUGCCUCAUAAUGCAGCGUUGAUGCACACCUUACAGAGACACAGAGACAUUUUACAGGAUUACACAAAUGAGUUUCAUAAAACCAAGACCAACUUUUUCAACCUUCGGGAAAGAGAGGAUCUGCUGGGCUCCGUUCACAGAGACAUUGAGUCAUACAAAAGCGGCUCUGGAGUCAACAACAGACGCACCGAACUUUUCCUCAAGGAGCACGAACAUCUCAGGAACUCUGAUCGUCUUAUUGACAAUGCAAUAAGCAUUGCUAUGGCGACCAAAGAGAACAUGACGUUUCAGCGUGGCGUGCUCAAGUCCAUUCAGACCAGAGUAACCACUUUGGCCAAUCGUUUCCCUGCCAUCAACAGCCUCAUCCAAAAAAUAAAUUUGCGAAAACGGAGAGACUCUCUAAUUUUGGGCACAGUGAUUGGUGUCUGCACCAUCCUGCUGUUGCUCUACACGUUCCACUGAUGCCCCCUGCUUUUUUUUAACCAAAAAUCACACUUGCUCAUUUUCUGCCAUAUACCAUUAUAUUCAGCAAUACUUUUGCUUGUAAAUCAAUUAUUUGGGAAGGAAAGUCUUAAUUUAGAUUUGUUAUAUUUAUUUGUAAGACAAAUAUUGUAUAUUUUACAUAUUGCUGCUUUCAUUUUAUGUGUAGACGUUUUCUUGUGAUGUCUCGGUGGCAAAGCCUAAUAAAACACUUUUAA